GCAUUCGUGGACGUUUAAAUUUUUGGCGCCAUAAACUGCUGAUAUAUUAAUUCAUUUGAAAACAAAAUAAAGCUUCAAAAGUUUAAAUUUUAUUGACUUUGAUUUGGAAAAAUCUCUAAAUAAUUUCUUUUCAAACAUGUCAUUUUACAAAGCGGCAGAUUCACGGGAUUUCCCUGGAUCACAGCUGUUUUUGUCUUGCGCAAUCAUCAACCAAUCAGAUACACAGCUUUAGGAGCGUUGACCAAUAGCAGCAGGGCUUAUUCUGACCAAUGACAGAGAGGCGAAGUGAUGACGUCAAGUUCAGUUGAAUGUUGAGUUCCUCGGGGUGCGUGCUGCUGCCGUGUUCUUAAAAUUGUGAUAACUUGUUUGCAGAGACUAACUCAAGAUGGCGCGUACAAAGCAGACUGCCCGUAAGUCGACGGGAGGAAAGGCUCCCAGGAAGCAGCUGGCGACAAAGGCCGCCCGCAAGUCGGCACCGUCGACCGGCGGAGUCAAGAAGCCCCAUCGCUACAGGCCGGGAACCGUCGCCCUGCGUGAGAUUCGUCGUUACCAGAAGUCGACGGAGCUGCUGAUCCGCAAGCUGCCCUUCCAGAGGCUGGUGCGUGAGAUCGCGCAGGAUUUCAAGACGGACCUGCGUUUCCAGAGUGCGGCCAUUGGUGCGCUCCAGGAGGCCAGCGAGGCGUACCUGGUCAGCUUGUUCGAGGACACCAAUCUGUGCGCCAUCCACGCCAAGCGCGUGACCAUCAUGCCCAAGGAUAUUCAGCUGGCCCGGCGUAUCCGCGGUGAGCGCGCCUAAGCCGCUGUUUGACUGAGAUCGGCGCAGAGGCGUCACCAGCCGCGCCGGCCACCCGCCCCUGCUCAGAAAAUCUACUGCCAAUAGCCCAGGAGUGGCGCCGCGGUCGCGUCCACGUGCGCGCGUGGCGGCCCGGCCUUCCGGCCGCCACGCGUGGCACGCAUGCUGCGCGAUCGGGCGCAGCUAGGUUUUAUUUAUUCACCACCACCACCAUCAGCAGCUCUACCCAGUUGACUGUCCACUCAGCAGUGUCGAUCGGGCGGCUGGCGGGCCGCCGCCCGGCCGCGACGGCCGCGCGCGCGUGUGUGUGUCUGAGACUCAGUGUAGAAUCAUUCUUUUGUAUCGCCGCUUCAUCGCAUUUGUAGGACGAUCUCCACUGCGCGCCGUGGAUCCGUGUCUGCGCACGUUUGUGAUGUUCUUGUGUUUCGGGAGCGGCCUGUGCGACACUGCACGUGCACGCGCGCGCAGCGACUUUCCAUUGGCAGAAAAGACGUCCUUGUUUGGAUCGUUUUAACGUUGCAAGUGCGUGCGUCUUCCUCACUUCAUAUAUUGGUGUGUAUAGUCGAUGUGCGUUCUUUGUAGAUUGGUUAAGAUCCGGUCGCUACCAUUUCGUAAUAAUUUUCCUAAUUAACCCAAAAUUUAGCAUUCAUCGAACCCUUGAUCACAGGACCCCUGUUCGGUUAGCAUGAGUGUAUGUGGAGUAAAUGUGUUUCGGUAUCUUUUUAAUGUAAGCACAGGUUUCCCGUUUGGAGAUAGGAAGUGCAAGUACAAAUGGCUCGCUAUCCCCAAAUUUUCGCAGACUGAUAAUAGACCGGGUGUUUAAGAAGUCGGCUUUUGUUUUUCUGCGGUCUCGCCGCCGCUAGGAGGUACGAUGGCUCGCGCGGACACCUAAUCUGCGAGGUUCCUGGAGAUGAAACGUCCCGCCCUGUGCGGCAUGCGGUCAUUUCGAUGUCUUGAAGAUUCUGUACGUUUCCCGGAAAUGGAAAAAAAUAAAAAAGGGAUCAUUCCCA